AAUUCUCGCCACCUUCUUCGUCUUUCUCCCAACCCAGUUUCUCUACUGGAGAAAAAACAAAGUGUUUAACGUUGUUGUUGUUGUUGUUGUUUAAGAUUUCCAAAGAUGUUUUCCGGUGUGACGGGUCUCAUCAACAGGGGGCACAAGCUGAAGGGAACAGUGGUGUUGAUGCGUAAGAAUGUGUUGGACAUCAAUGCUCUCACUUCUGCUCAAAGUCCCACCGGAAUCAUCGGUGGCGCAAUCGGUGCUGUCGGUGGUGUCAUCGGCUCCACCGUUGACACUCUCACUUCCUUUCUCGGACGAUCUGUGGCUCUCAGGUUGAUCAGUGCCACCGCUGCUGAUGCAUCUGGAAAAGGAAAGGUGGGAAAGCAAACAUAUUUGGAAGGUAUUAUUACUUCCAUACCAACCUUGGGAGCUGGCCAAUCUGCAUUCAAUAUUCAUUUUGAAUGGGACAGUGACAUGGGAAUUCCUGGAGCAUUUUACAUUGAGAAUUUCAUGCAAGUUGAAUUCUUCCUUGUGAGUUUGACUCUUGAAGACGUUCCUAACCAAGGAACCAUUCACUUUGUUUGCAACUCAUGGAUUUACAACGCCAAAAAGUACAAAUCUGAUCGCAUUUUCUUUGCCAACAAGGCCUACCUUCCAAGUGAAACACCGGGUCCACUGGUGAAGUAUAGAGAAGAAGAAUUGAAGACUUUGAGAGGAGAUGGAACAGGAGAGCGCAAAGAACAUGAAAGGAUCUAUGACUAUGAUGUCUACAAUGAUUUGGGUGAUCCUGACUCCAAUGCCAGAUUGGCUCGUCCAGUUCUUGGAGGAUCCGCAUUGCCUUAUCCUCGCAGGGGAAGAACUGGAAGAAAACCAUCGAAGAAAGAUCCUAAAAGUGAGAGUCGCAGUGACUCUGUAUAUCUUCCAAGGGAUGAAUCAUUUGGUCACUUGAAGUCAUCAGAUUUCCUUGUUUAUAUUCUUAAAUCUGCAUCUCAAAAUGUGAUACCUCAGUUACAAUCUGCACUUAGACUACAAUUCAACCAACCUGAGUUUACUAGCUUUGAUGAUGUGCGAGGACUCUAUGAUGGUGGAAUUAAGUUGCCUACUGAUGCACUUAGCAAGAUUAGUCCUAUACCAUUGUUCAGUGAACUAUUUCGUACUGAUGGAGAACAGGUUCUUAAGUUUCCACCACCUAAAGUAAUUCAAGUGGACCAGUCUGCAUGGAUGACUGAUGAAGAGUUUGCAAGAGAGAUGAUUGCUGGUGUGAAUCCUCAUAUCAUUACAAGACUUCAGGAAUUUCCGCCUAAGAGCAAGCUAGAUAGCCAGCUCUAUGGUGAUAAUACCAGUACAAUUACCAGAGAACACUUGGAGCCUAACUUGGGUGGGCUCACUGUAGAACAGGCUAUCCAAAACAACAGACUCUUCAUUCUAGAUCACCAUGACACACUUAUUCCAUAUUUGAGACGAAUCAAUGCAACAGAGACAAAGGCCUAUGCUACCAGGACCAUCAUUUUCUUACAAGAUAAUGGAACAUUAAAGCCACUGGCCAUUGAGCUAAGCAAACCACAUCCUCAGGGUGAUAACUUUGGUCCUAUUAGCAAUGUUUAUCUUCCGGCAAACCAAGGAGUUGAAGCUUAUAUUUGGCUACUUGCAAAGGCUUAUGUGAUCGUAAAUGACUCUUGUUAUCACCAACUUGUCAGCCAUUGGUUAAACACUCAUGCAGUUGUUGAGCCAUUCGUGAUAGCAACAAACAGGCAUCUCAGUGUGGUUCACCCUAUUCACAAACUUCUUCUUCCACAUUAUCGUGACACAAUGAACAUCAAUGCACUUGCAAGGAAUGUCUUGGUGAAUGCAGAGGGUAUUAUAGAAUCAACUUUCUUGUGGGGACCCUAUUCAUUAGAAAUGUCUGCAGUUGUAUACAAGGAUUGGGUUUUCCCUGAGCAAGCACUACCUGCAGAUCUUAUUAAGAGAGGUGUGGCUGUUGAAGAUUCAUCUGCUCCACACGGCCUUCGUCUUCUGAUAGAGGACUAUCCUUAUGCUGCUGAUGGACUAGAGAUAUGGGCCACCAUCAAGUCAUGGGUGCAAGAAUAUGUGUCUUUCUACUACAAAUCCGAUGCUGCUAUCACACAAGAUACUGAACUCCAAGCCUUUUGGAAAGAACUUGUGCAAGUUGGUCAUGGUGACAAGAAAAACGAGCCAUGGUGGGUGAAAAUGCAUACUCGUGAAGAGUUGGUUGAAUCAUGCACCACACUGAUAUGGACUGCUUCAGCCCUUCAUGCAGCUGUGAAUUUCGGACAGUAUCCAUAUGGGGGCUACAUCCUUAACCGACCAACUCUCAGCAGACAAUUCAUGCCUGAGAUUGGAUCUGCUGAGUAUGGUGAGCUUGCAAAGAACCCUGAAAAGGUGUACUUGAAAACAAUCACAGGGAAGAGUGAUGCCCUUAAAGACCUCACCAUUAUAGAGGUGUUGUCAAGGCAUGCUUCUGAUGAGUUGUAUCUUGGAGAAAGAGAUGGUGGUGAGUUUUGGACUUCUGAUAAAGAGCCAUUGGAGGCCUUCAAGAGGUUUGGAAAAAGGUUGGCAGAGAUUGAGAAAAAGCUGAUCCAAAGAAACAGUGAUGAGAGUCUGAGGAACCGAUAUGGUCCAGUGAAGAUGCCAUACACAUUGCUCUAUCCUUCAAGUGAGGAAGGCUUGACUUGCAGAGGUAUUCCUAACAGUAUCUCCAUCUAAAGAGGUGUUAAGUGUAUCAGUGUGUUGCAGUCUAAAUAAAAACACAAGGAGAAGUUUAAUUCCUUCGUGUUCCUGAGUAUGAGAGUGUGUAUCGUGUAUGUUUGAUGUUCUGAAUUAUUAAUAAAAUCCUGUGUUUCUACUGUGUA